GCAUCUUCUAAGCACUUAACGCGUCAAGUUACAACCCCACAUUCUACAUUCUGCACCGCAAACAUAUGCUAUGUUCCAAUCCAUUCACUGAACGUUUCUUUCUUUCCUUACUCACAUAUGUACGCACAAACUUCCAGCAAGCACCUACUAAUGUAGCAGGUAUCUAUUUAUUGCAUUCCACUUUGCAAUUCAUUCUUCCCUCCCAAUUCAUCCUCUUUCACCGGCAAACGACCAAGUACUCCACUCUCCUUGUCUUAACUAGAAAGUCCAAUCCAAUCAACCAAGAUGGGCCGCACCAAGAACCUUAAGCGAUCGCGUCGCGAUUACGACGAGGACAACGAUGUUUCAAGCGACCAGGGAGUCAAAAGUAGCAGCAAGGCUAACAAGAAGGCCAAAACCCCCAACAACGCUGACUCUGGCAGAGAUGAUGAAGGCAAUUCUUUCUGGAGCCUGGGCGGUACCCGUAGAGCAACUGUCAGCACUUUCAAGGGUAAAACGUAUAUCAACAUACGUGAGUACUAUUCCGAUGCCUCUGGCACUUUCAAGCCAGGAAAGAAGGGCAUCAUGUUGAGUCCCGAACAAUACAACAAGCUCCUCGAAGCUAUCCCAUUCAUCAACUCCGAGCUACGAGGCAAGGGUCACGAGACGCCAGACGUCGCCAGUGCGCCUGCUCCUAAGUCUCCCGAGAAGGCAAAGUCGAAGAAGACUAAGAAGACCAAGUCCAACAUCGAAGCUACCAGCGACGAGGAAGAUGAUGAGGACGACAAGAAAGAAAAGCAGCAGGCUUCUUCAUCGGAGGAGGAUGAGGAGGAAGAGGACUAAGUGUUAUCCUCGAGGGCUUGCAAUAUUGGAAACGACUGCCUUCGCGAUGCAUACCGAAGUUUAGUCAAUGACAAUUUUCAGGCGGGACAGACACUUUGAAUGUCUAUUACGAAAUACACGCCAGGGGUUCAUGGGCAGGAUCUCUAGCUACUUUUAGGCUGGCUUUAUUUUCCUUGCAGAAUCAUGGGGUGAUUUUCGUCGAUACCCAUUGCUCCUUUGAGUUGAUUUGAGGACAUUACUGCCCUAGUAUGUAGCUACCUAGUGUAGGGUAUGCUAUUAAUGAUUAACGUCAUCCCUUCUAUGUACAUAAACUUCAACCCGUGUUACAGAGUACCUACCUACAUAGCAGUACUUUCACAAUACUGGUUCAAUUUGAUACCCACUAACAGUA